UUGAAGGGUACUAAAAGGCCUGAUUAUGUAUUCAUUGUUGUAACAUUACUCGGAAAAGACCUUCAAGCACUCCGAUGUGAACAAGUCGGUCGGCAUUUCUCGCUCAGCACUGCCGUUCGUGUCGGUAUGCAAACGUUGAACGCGAUUGAACAAGUGCACAGAUGUGGCUUUGUAUCACGUGAUAUUAAACCGGAUAAUUUUGCAGUAGGUCUUCGUGAAAAUCAGCAAAAUAAAACAAUAUUUAUUAUUGAUUUUGGUUUAGCCAAGAAAUAUAUCGAUGAGGAUGGCGAUCAUUUUGCAUUCCGUGGUGUGGUUGGAUGGAGAGGAACUGUAAGGUAUGGAUCAUUAAAUGCACAUAAAAGACUGGAUUUGAGUAGAAGGGAUGACAUUGAAUCGUGGCUUUACUUCCUAGUUGAGAUCACCAAUGGGGCUUUACCAUGGAGACGUAUUGUUGGUAAUUUUCAGUCGUUUUCGUUUAAAGUUGCAUUUUUUGGCAUUUGCAUUUCACUUCUCAUUUACAUUAGUCAUCUGUGCGCAUACUUAAAGGGUGGAGAUGUUCGACUUGCGAUAGUGGAA